UCCAGGAAGUAGCAGAACAAAAACAACUGCAAUUGUGUUCAAUGUUCUAUGGUGUGAACUGUGUAGUCUGAAGACGUUGACUUUACACUGCAAUGCAAAUUACUAUAACAUAAGUGUUUAACAUAAACAUAGUGCUAAGGACAUGUCCGAUACUGUCGCAUUUCAUGCUCAGCUGGCCUCCAUCGUUGAGGUAUUGGCGAAUGCAGCCGUUGCCGAAAUCUGCAAACUUGUAGAUGACGGCCAUGCUGCUUUACGUUUGGAAAUUUCCCAUAGCCAGAAAGAAAUUGAGAACUUGCGGAGGAAGCUGGUUUUGACAAAAUGUCAGACUUCUCGACGGAGCGCAGAGAGAUUUGGAGCCCUGCGACGCACAGUUCACAGGCACGUGGACACUAAUCAUGUUGCCCGGGGAAGAGGGAGCUUUGUAGUGAAGUCGACAGGCAGACUUGGAUAUUUGAAGAAUCGUUUUGACGACAUUGAAGAGGGCAACUUCAUGCAGGAUGUCACUACCUGGAAAGACGCAGGACGCACAGCGACAGACCAUAAUGGGGGCAUGCAGAUGGCAGAUAUGCAGGAGGAAACUUGUGUCAAAAUGGAGAACCUUGACACCAGUACAAUAGAAGAGAUUGUCCAACCAGUCAGUGAGAGCAGUGAGAAGAUCAUUGUAGCAGAACCAGGUUCUUCAUCAUCUACUGAACCCACAGACCUUCUGGACCAGCAGGGCAACCGACACAGAGCUCCAGACACUUCACUCAACAUAGAACCUGAAAACCAGACGUUCCAGCAUCCAGCGUCACAAUACAACAGAGCAAGACAGGACCAUCAGGUUGCUGAGGGUGUGACCUGGGAAACUGACCAUCAACCCAUAGAAUACAGCCUGUCCCAAUGGACAGAGAACCAAGAGACUGACAGCCCAACUGUGAAUGCUCCUCACAAUGCAGGGCCAGACUCCAAAAGGCUGUCUGGACAUCCAGAGAGGAGAGGGGCGCCAGGUAACUCAGGGGUCAGCAUGUCUGCUUCAGGCUCUCUGGACUGGCUGCCUGAUGUGGUGAUGGUGGACUCAGUUCCCAUUAAAGUGGAGGCAGAUAUGAGUUCAGAAUGGAGCAUAACUGGCCAUGAGGUGACAUCUGGAGUGAUCUGUUCAGAUGGCAGACAGCUUGUGGACAACAGAGGAAGAGGGGGAAUGGAGUUUGGACAGACAACGUGUCCCCAUGACACUCAACAUGCAGAGCAAGGGACAACUGUAGGACCAAGGUCCAAGUUUCCAGAUUUCAAUGGACUGUCCACCCGAAACAGCCUUUCAUCCCCAAGGGUUACUCUCCACCAGGUUCCCCAAAGAGGGAAGCCAGCCCCCUUCCCGAAUUUCAACAGAGGCUCCACUUCUUCAUCGAAAGGCAUAGAAAAGCAGCCGCAACAGUUGACGUCUCACUCCAGCAAGAGAUAUCUCCGGUGCAGCCUCUGCGGGAAGCCCUUCCCCCAGGCGUACCUGAGCAGGCACAUGCGGGUCCAUACAGGGGAGAAACCGUACGGCUGCAGCCACUGCACCAAGCGCUUCUCCCACAGCCACCAGUUGAAGAGGCAUGAGAGGGUGCACACCGGAGAGAAACCGUUUCAAUGUGUCUACUGUGGGAAGUGCUUCACCCAGUCCUGUCACAUGAAGAAGCACCUCCUCGUCCACACUGGCGGCAGGCCACAGGACGUUGUGCUGCCCUAAGUGUUCCAGGCUAUAGUUCAGACUAGAUACAGAUCUAGGAUCAGCUUCCUCUCCCACAAUCUUAACCUUGACCAUUAGUGGAUUUUUUUUAUUCUUUAAACUGACCCAACAUCAGCAUCUAAGGGCAACUUCACACUACUCCUCCCAGUGUAAUGAUAGGCAGGGCCUGGAGUUUUUCCUCACCAUGUGACCAGGCCAGGGAAAAACUCCUGGCCCUAGUUGUAAAUGGAAUGUCUCAACACCACUGUGGUUUAUAUAUGAAUACUGGGUCCAUGUGUUUUUCACUUUGAAUGGUUUCUUCAUUGAACGCUUCCCUCUGUGUGUAGUGGUUGUGUUUUCAGCUCAACUGGCUUGAUGCUUGGUCCAGCGUGGAUUGAUCAUGUAUAAGUUAUUACAGGUGAAGAUUUUAAAUGUAUAUUAGUCAGUUAGCAGAUGCUCUUAUCCAUAGCAACUUACAAGAGCAUUUAGGGUUAAGUGCUAUGCUCAAGGGCACGUUGACAGAUUUUUCAGCUUGUCGGUUAGGUGAUUCCAACCUGCGGCCUUUCAGUUAUUGGCUCAACACUCUUAACCACUUGGCUACAUCCUUAUGAAUUUGUAUUUGUGCAGUGGGGAACCAAAGUACAAUAAUUAAGACAACAUUUCCAUUAACCUUUCAAUAAGACAGAUUCCCUAUCAGACUGAUAGACUGUAACGAUGUAGAUAGAUUUCAUAUCAUUGUGAACAGAGUUCCGGAAGCACUGGACAGGUGCCUGGGCGAGCAAGGCCUGUUGGUGGUUGAGAGUUUGUUGCUCGUCUGUGUUCGUACUUGGACGCGGGGAUGAGGAGGAGGAAGGCGCAGGGUUCCCAGACGCCAGCACACUCAUUGCCCUGGAAACGAACCUGGCGACCCAGCAGUUACAAGGAGAGAGAGUGCUGACUGGAAUGAGAUCUGAUCCUGAACCCAAGUAGUUACUGAAAGGAGAAGCCAGUACAUUGUGGUUACAGGUCACUGUGAAGAACAACAUGUUAUUUAGGUGUUUAGCUAUUACUCAAGACUAUCAGAAAUCCCUUUGGCUAUUUAUAUACAGUACCAGUCAAACGUUUGGACACACCUACUCAUUCCCAAGUGGGCUCCAGAGUGACGCAGCGGUCUUAGGCACUGUGUCGCAGUGCUAGAGGUGUCACUACAGACUCUGGUUCGAUUCCAGGCUGUGUCACAACCGGCUGUGAUUGGGAGUCCCAUAGGGCUGCUCACAAUUGGCCCAGCGUAUUCUGCCCACGUAUUCUGGGUAAGGGUUUGGUCGGACUAGGCUGUCAUUGUAAAUAAGUAUUUUUUUAACCUUUUUAACUAGGCAAGUCAGUUAAAAACAAAUUCUUUGAAAGUUUCUUCAAGUGCAGUCGCAAAAACCAUCAAGUGCUAUGAUGAAACUGGCUCUCAUGAGGACCACGACAGGAAAGGAAGACCCAGAGUUACCUCUGCUGCAGAGGAUAAGUUCAUUAGAGUUAACCACCUCAGAUUGCAGCCCAGAAUAAAUUCUUCAGAGUUCGAAACAUCUCAACAUCAACUGUUCAGAGGAGACUGAAUCAGGCCUUCAUGGUCGAAUUGCUGAAAAUAAGCCACUACUAAAAGACACCAAUGAGAAGAAGAGACUUGCUUGGGCCAAGAAACACGAGCAAUGGACAUUAGACUGGGGGGGAAGUCUGUGCUUUGCUCUGAUGAGUCCAAAUGUGAGAUUUUUUGUGAGAUGCAGAGUAGAUGAACGGAUGAUCGCCGCAUGUGUGGUUCCCACUGUGAAGCAUGGAGAAGGAAGUGUGAUGGUGUGGGGGUCCUUUGCUGGUGACACUGUGUGAUUUAUUUAGAAUUCAAGGCACACUUAACCAGCAUGGCUACCACAGCAUUCUGCAGCGAUAUGCCAGUCCCAAUAAGUGCAAAGGGGAUGGGAUAUCAUUUGUUUUUCAACAGGACAAUGACCCAACGCACCUCCAGGCUGUGUAAAGGCUAUUUGACGAAGAAGGAUAGUGAUAGAGUGCUGCAUCAGAUGACCUGGCCUCCACAACCCAAUUGAGAUGGUUUGGGAUGAGUGCCCAGCAUAUGUGGAAACUCCUUCAAGACGGUUAGAAAAGCAUUCCUCAUGAAGCUGGUUAAGAGAAUGCCGAAGAGUGUGCAAAGCUGUCAAAGCAAAGGGUGGCUACUUUUAAGAAUGUAAAAUCUAAAAUAUAUUUUGAUUUGUUUAAUAACACUUUUUUGGUUACUACAUGAUUCCAUAUGUGUUAUUUCAUAGUUUUGAUGUCUUCACUAUUAUUCUACAAUGUAGAAAAUAGUAAAAAUAAAGAGAACCCCUGGAAUGAGUAGAUGGGUCCAUAUUGACUGGUACUGUAUUCUGUAUUACAUUUCAAAUAUAUAUUUUUCUACUGUUACAUUGUUUAGAAUUAGAGUGCAUUCUCAUUGUGUGCUUCAGUUAACCCGUAGCCUACUCUUUGAUUUACUAAGUUGUAACUGACAGAACUUAUUCGUUUUCGGUUGUAUGCCUAUUCUGUUUUUUGUGUAGAACUAAAUAGUAAAAUAAUCAUUUUUGGCGGACAAA